UUGUGAAGUGUGGGGUGCACGUGAUCUCUCCGACCGACGUUCAAACGCCUCGUUCGAUUUGCGACCGUUAUUAAGGAGUAGUCGCUUCGCAUCCGACGUCUACACGUCGUUCAGUGCACGCGUUAGAGGUCUUUCGAUUCGAGGAAUAGACGAUAUCCACUUACCAGUGUAACAUGUCGGUUACUUCCGUGCAACCAGCUACCACUGAGAGCCUUUCCCGUCAUGGGAGCAACAUCUCGUUAUCCCAUCACAGCCUAUAUGGGAGCGUGGACGACGGUUUGCAAGGCUCGCAUCCCCAAUACCAGGACACGAUCCUCACGAUCGAGGAGCUGCGUGCUCAGCUCAACUCUUGCUUUACAUGCGGGGUGUCGUGGAGCGAGGAGCACGUCUCCUUGGACUGCAGCGAGUGCGGUGGCUAUUCCCUGCAACGGCCGUGCCCGCUUUGUGACGGUCGUUGCCAUACCGUGUGGAAGCGCGACCUUACCAUGUCCCAUGCGAGUCGUAAGGCAAGAUGGAUCGGUGAGUGUGGACUGAGCUGUGGACCCUCCUUGGAGGAAUCACUGGUGCCCGCGUUGGAGAAGCUGCGGGCUACUUCGUGAAUGGCAUCAGCCCGAGCACCGCCAACCAUGCACAAGACUUAAAUCCAUCACCAUCCAUCUAGUAUCACCCACCACCAUCGCAUGCGAGAUUCAAGAAAGGAAGAGAGAGAGAGAAAGAGAAACGUAUGAAUGUAGACCAUGGAUGAUAUACAUUAUGUUCCUGAGGAGGGCGGCUGACAAGGGAAAGAAGGGUCUGUGUUUCGACCUUUGUGAUUUCUUCCCUAAAGAUACAAAGCCGUACCCAGCUGGUCCCUCGACAUCAGGGACCACCAUCAUCGUCAUGAUCGUCUUUUAGGCGAAAGUACAAAACUACGCGAUCGACGUCCGAAUUCUAUAAAGAAUUUCUACGUUAUACUGAACGAUUAACUAUGUUGCAGCGAACUAGUUUAAACACACUGCUCUCUUACGGGGACAACAGAUUCUAAUUUACUUUUAGCUUUUACGCCGAUUUACUGUGUCGUAAAAUUUAUAUUUCGAUUAUCUCUUCACAGAUUUCUGAAUUAAAGUUACGCUAACAAUUUUUAUUAGGAAACAGAAUUUUAUCUUUUUUUCGAAUGAUUUUU